ACGAGAUUCCUUUCGAAUUUCAUCUAUUUUACACCCGCAAAUAGUAAAUGUGGACUCCAAGCGAGUCAGAUUCCGUGCCACCGUUGAGGGUGCCUCGUGCGUGGAAGUGCGACGACCAUCAACACACGGAGCAAUCGAGGAUUCAUUCGGAAAAAAUGAAACUAGGGAGGCGGCGCCUUGAAGAAGGGGAACGCAGAUUCGAGAUGGACAGUGCGGCAAUGGCCAAACUCGAUAGUCAGGACUUGUGUUCUGAUCCGAUGAGUACUUCUUCUAGCGAUAGCAGUGCCACAGCUGUAAUUCGUACAACAACGGAAAUAGAACAAAACACGCUACUAGUGCGAAGCGUGGAAACAUUGGCUACACCCCACAAUGCAAUCGAAGUAGCGUCCAAUCUACUGUCGUCACUAAUGAACCUGUUUACCAUCAACAUCGCUGACCCAAAACCAAAGCCAGAAAUUACUAUCAACUUAAAGUGUGAAACCACGGCACCGAACCGAACACCAACUAAAGAUGUGCCAAAAGUGCCAAAGAAACGCAAAACUUUAGGGAACCUGCCACCUAAUGCUGCACAGCAAGAUCCAUCGGUCCUGCUUGCCUAUAUGCGGCCUCAAACUCGCUACGUAGAUUUAGGGAGUUGCUACAACACUAAGAGUAUGUCCUUUACUGCAAGCAUCACUGUGGACGGUAUUGUCUUUGAAGGUCAGGGUUCGUCAAAAAAGGCGGCCAGGAAGGUGGCCGCAGCUCUCGCAUGCCGUGAGCUGUUCGGCGUCGUAUCUGAUACAGUUGUUUUAGAUUAAUUCACGGUCCGUUCCGACGGCUCCUACACGGCUACGUUUCCAUUUCUAUCGAUUUAGCUUAUCAUUAUUAUUCUAAUCAAGAAAUCGCGAAACAGAAUGAACUUGCUCUAUGGAAAUUUUGUGCCACAUUUAAAUGAUCACUGAGUGAAGAAUAGAAGAAAGAAAAAGGAAUCAAGCAGCUUAAUAUCAAAGAGCAGUAUUUCCGCUUGCAAACGAAAUGAAACAGUAUGAACUAAAAAAAGAAGAAGGAAAAAAACGAGAAUACCCGGGCCGGGGUUAAACAGUUCAAAUGGAAUGAAAAAGAAACAAAAACACUUAUU